GGCGGGUCUUACAGCACAGAAAGUCAGCAGUACAACAACCGCAAAACACAACGAAUACCCUAAAAAACACUUUAUACCUGGAUAUAUUCUCAUAUUUAAGGUCCUGGCUGCAGUCUGAUGGGUUCAUGAUAACAUCACAGCGUCUUCAGUACCAUGGCCCUUGUUGAGGAGCAGCCGGAGAAACACUGCUGGGUGUGUUUUGCCACAGAGAAAGACGACUACAGUGCAGAGUGGGUGAGCCCCUGCAGGUGUAAAGGCUGCACAAAAUGGAUCCACCAGUCGUGUCUGCAGCGCUGGCUGGACGAGAAGCAGAAAGGAAACAGCGGAGGAGCCGUCAGCUGUCCUCAGUGUGGCACCGAAUACCACAUCGUCUUCCCCAAGAUGGGUCCGUUGGUGUAUUUCCUCCAGCAGAUCGACAGAGCUCUGUCUAAGGCGAGUCCCUUCGCCGCCGUCGGGGUCGUGAUCGGGACCGUGUACUGGUCCGCCGUCACAUACGGAGCUGUGACCGUCAUGCAGGUUGUUGGACAUAAGAAGGGUCUGUACGUGAUGGAGCGAGCCGACCCUCUGUUCCUGUUGAUGGGUUUGCCGACCAUCCCUGUGCUGCUGGUUCUGGGCAAGAUGGUCCGCUGGGAGGAUUAUCUUGUGAGGCUGUGGCAGAGAUACUCCUACAAGCGCAAACUCCCACCAGGUACGAGUCGCUACCUGCCCCGCGUCCCUGCUGACGGACUGACCUCAGGAGAUCACCUCUCUGUGUCACGGACUCUGUGUGGAGCUCUGGUCUUUCCCUCCAUCGCCAGUCUGGUGGGACGGCUGCUGUUUGGACGAGUGUCUUCUAAUCUGCAGCAAACCGUACUGGGAGGCAUCGCCUUUGUGGUGAUGAAGGGGGUGAUGAAGGUGUAUUUCAAGCAGCAGCAGUACAUCAUUCAGGCCAACGGCAGUCUCAUACUACCCGAGAGGAACGGAGACGGACAGAACGAAGCUGGAGACGAGGACACCGAGGACAGCGGCAACGAAUGAAUGAAUGAAUGAUUUCACCGAGAAAUAAAAACAUCUGUGAGAGGGAAGGAAGGAAGGAAGGAAGGAAGCCGGAGUGGAGGGUACAAAACCAUAUCUUUCAUGAUAAAACUCUGCAAGAACAUUUAAAUAUGAAACUACUGUAAGAUGAGUGAUUGUGUAGGCGAAGAGAAGGAUAAGAGAGUGUGUGGAGUGAUGUGACAUUACUGUUAAAGGGUUCAGACCCCAAACUAUCAGAUAUAACUGUGUACCACUGUAUCACUGAUAAUACUAACCACUAACACAGCAGGAGAUAUAUUAGUCUACAAAAUAUCAACUUUCAAUCCUCUUUAAACUCUCAGUCACCAAGAUACUUGAAGAUGUUUAUAAAAGAUGAUUUAUUGCCUUAUUUUCUCACAAAGUCAGAAGUCAGUCCAGGUGUGAGCAGGUAUUUAUUUACUCAUAACAAGUUAAUGGUUGUUUAAUAUUUACACCACUUUUUAAGCCUUAAAUCCAGUUUAUAUGAAGCUCCUUUCAGACAUGCAUGUUCUAAAAUACGUCGGUCUCAAGUCUGAAUAAAGGCUUGAGUCACAUUUAUUUAAGUUGCAAUCUUACAAACUCAGACUGUAUAUAUUUUUCUUUAAAGGAUUUUUUUUUGUGCCAUUUUCUGUAAAUGCACAUACAACAUCAGCAUGGAAAAUCACCCGUUUUUAUCAGCAGCAGAAGAUGAAACAUGCAGAAAAUUAACACACGCUUGUUCUUCUUAUUUAAAAGCAUAAUAAUAAUUCACUCAUUCACCAUCUUUUAUGCACAGAAAGAAAAGAAAUGAGUGCAAUUAGUCAGUACACACUUUAAAUGACCCAAUUUUAAGAUUCUAUUAAAAUGAUUAUUUCCUUCUGUGUUGAGGGGAAUAUACAACAAUCUACAUGAAGUAGUUAGUUAUUAUUAAAACAGUUAAAUUCAUUGAGUUAAUUAAUGGUUUAUGCAUCCAUGAGUCUUACACACAGUACUCUGAGCACACCUGGAUUAUAGUAAGUAUAGAAGUGUGUCUACUGUCCUGAUUAUGACAAAGAUGACGGGGAAAAAAGUGCCACAUCAAACUCUAAAAGGAUCCCAAUAAGUGAGAUAUACAUAUUUUAACUUGGAUAAAAAAGGAGAGCAUUAAGCAGCAUCUACAUUACAUGGCCACAUGAGCCUCAGAGGCUGACAGUAACAGUAACAGAUGGGUGAAGGCAGCAGUGUCUCAUAUUCAUGUCUGAAAGGAGCUUUAAAUGUCUUCCUUUAAUGUGCCUUAUUUAAAGAAAGUAUAUAAAACAACUCAACAGUAUCAUUUAACUGCUAGACUAACUUCUUCUCCUCUGUGCUGCUCUGAUUGUUUCUGUCUCAGUAAAUGUUCCUGGAUAUUUUCCUGAUAUUUUAAUAUUUCCCACUGACCUUUAGCACAGUUUUUCCCUCCCUGCUGUUCAUUUAGGCUCCUGACUGUUCAUUUAAGGCUUGUGAACUCGUCUUUUCUGCUGUACUUUCAUCUGUCUGAUCCUUCUGUUUUCGAUGCAACCGACUCACCUUAAAUAACUUUUUAAUGGUCGACACAUCGCCGCUCCUCUGUGUGAUAUCGUUUUAAUAGUUUGACCUGAUGAAUCAUAGUCGCUUUUUGCAGAUUUAUGUUGUAGUUGCCAAUCUGGGUAGAAAGUAAAAACUCCUAGAACUUAAAAAGAGAGAGACUUAAAAAACAGUAAAAUCAUUUCAGAGUUUUAUUGCACAGGUUGAGUUUGUGGUUAUUUGGUGGUUGUUGGGUUUUUUUUUUUAAUGCACUUCGUCUUGUGGCAAAGCUGAAGCAGAGUUGUUUAACCUAGAGGUCCAUGUGGUCAAUGGACAUUUAUUAAAAGCGCUGAUAUGUUAAUAUUUAUUUGGAAUAUGUGAAGUAAAAGAAUAAAGUUUAAGAUUUUGCUCUUGAAAAUUGAGAAAUAAAUUGAUGCCCUGCUUAAAUUUACCUCCGAUUACACAAAAAUGUCCCAUAAUCCUGCCCUCUUUGGAUAAUUAAACAUACUCUGAAACGUUAAUUGCACACUUUCCCUCCAGUCAUGUAUGUGUAUGUUUAAAAGGAGCUCUUAUUUUAUGUCGUAGUGAUUGAAUUGUUUAAUAAAGCUCUUUGUAAAACUCAAA